AUGCCUCGGGACUCGGUGUCUAUCCUUCAGAAGCUGCUCACCCGCGAGCCAGAGCUGCGACUUGGAUCGGGACCAACCGAUGCGCAGGAGGUCAUGUCCCAUGCCUUCUUCCGGAAUAUCAACUGGGAUGAUAUCUAUCACAAGCGUGUUCCCCCGCCAUUCAUGCCGACCAUCUCCAGCCCGACCGAUACGAGCAACUUCGAUCAGGAAUUUACCAGCGUUACACCGGUUCUUACCCCGGUGCAGUCAGUCCUCUCUCAAGCCAUGCAGGAAGAGUUCCGUGGCUUCUCGUACACUGCGGACUUCGCUUGA